GUUAACAUAAGGACUGCUAACUAAUUUAGUCUGAAAGACUUCAGUACAUUUAAAAACUUCAAAAAUUUUAAAAGCGGUAAGCGGAUAAUGGGCUAUAUGGUCAGGUAGUGCGAUGGUGUUUUUCACAAAGAAAACACAGUAAGCCAAUAUUUAGCUUUUAUGGGGAUUUUUGUUUGUUAUGUAAUGCGUUUCUUGUUUUUUUUUUUUUUUCUUGUUUUUUCUCUUGCGAAGCGCACACAAUAAAACGUCUUGCAUUUUAAAAUCUAUUUGUUAUUCCAUAUAGUUUUAUAAGAAAGUAAUUCUAGGACUAUAUUGUUUGUACUCGCUUUCUGUGAAAAAAUCCUGCUCAGGGAGAUAGCGCAAAUUUGUUGUUCUAGUUGUCAAAGCUAUCAAUAUUGCGCUUAAUGCUUUUGAACGUUUUUUUAGAUAAGAUAGAUAUGAAUAUCAGUAGUAAAACGUUUUUGUUGGCAAGACAGAAGUGCUUACACACAACAGUCAGUAGACUUCUUGCUACUUCAGCAGCAUGUCAUACGUCAACAAAACCAAAAACUGGUGUUAUGAUGAUCAAUAUGGGUGGUCCUUCAACACUUGAAGAAGUUGGUCCUUUUUUAAGUCGAUUAUUUCAUGAUAAAGAUCUGAUUCCUUUACCUGCACAAAAGCAACUUGCACCAUUUAUUGCGACACGUAGAACACCAUCAAUUGUGGAGCAGUACCGACAAAUUGGUGGUGGUUCGCCUAUACGAAAAUGGACAGAACACCAAGGUGAAGAAAUGAUCAAACUUUUAGAUAAAAUCUCCCCUGAAACAGCACCGCACAAGUUUUAUGUUGGGUUUCGAUAUGCUGAUCCCUUGACUGAGGACACUUUAAACGAAAUGGAGGCAGAUGGUAUUGAGCGUGCUAUCGCUUUUACGCAGUACCCGCAGUAUUCAUGUUCUACAACAGGCAGCAGCUUAAAUGCAAUAUAUCGCUAUUACAAACAACUAAACGUACCCUCUUCCAUAGAAUGGUCUGUCAUUGACCGGUGGCCAACUCAUCAUGGACUUAUAAAAGCUUUUACCCAAACCAUAGUUGAUGAAUUAGAGAAGUUUCCUCCCGAAGUUAAAGACGAUGUUGUUAUACUUUUCUCUGCUCAUUCUUUACCAAUGUCAGUUGUCAACCGUGGGGAUCCAUAUCCUCAAGAAGUUGCUGCCACAGUGCAACGAGUGAUGGAGAUGCUUAACUUCUCCCACACGUAUCGGUUAUGCUGGCAAUCCAAAGUCGGUCCUUUGCCAUGGCUAGGACCGCAAACUGAUGAAGCAAUAAAAGGAUUUGUGAAAAACGGGAACAAGAAUUUACUUCUCGUCCCAAUUGCCUUUACGUCUGAUCACAUUGAGACGUUAUUUGAGCUUGAUUUAGAAUACGCUGGCCAGUUGGCAAAGGAAGUUGGUGUUGAGAAUAUCCGACGUUCCAGUGCAAUGAAUGACAAUUCAAUUUUCAUUCAAGCUUUAGCUGAUAUUGUUCGUGCACACAUAUACUCGGGCGAGGCUUGCACAAAGCAACUGGGAUUGCGUUGUCCUCUUUGUGUGAAUGCUACUUGUGGAAAAACAAAGGAAUUUUUUGCAAGCCGUGGUCAAGUUUUGUAAUAAAAUUUUAUUUUUCGACUGUUUAAGGUGUUGGUGGUAGGGGUUAGACAGUCGAAAAUGCAACAUUUAGAAAGUAUUAUGCCUUUCAUUGUAGUUAGAUUUUUUUAUGACAAAUUAGAGUUGUUUAUUUUUUGUAGAUAUAGCAAGCGAUUUUUUAAGACUUUAGAUGUGUUGAAGGGGUGGUGUUUGAAAGAAAGUAUGUUUAUAUGAAAAUAUUUUUCUGUUGUGAACAUUGGAUUUAAAAAGGUUGUUUUAUAUUUGCUCCCACCAUUUGUAAAGUGUGGAAUCAUCUUCUGAAUAUACUUGCCUCGCUGAUAAAGUUUGGAAAAACUUUACUUUCCAAAAAGAUUUUGUCUUUUGCGUUCAGGAUAGUGCUUAAAUAUAAAUAUAGAUUUUUCGUCGUUGUAACACGCCCCUAAUGGCUUUUAGAUAAACCUUAUAUUUAAUUUUCUAUUUGAAAAAUAGUUAAAAUUAUUUCAUUGGAGCUUUUAGUUACUAUUUUGUGGAGAAACAUUUUUUUAUUUAGUUGUAAGCAGUGUUAUUUAAAAUAUAAAAUUUAUAACCCAA